CUGUCGUGCGUGCCUCGUGGCGCGAGUGAGCGCUUCUUCGAUCUCUGUGAGCCAGAGAACACACAGCGGCUUGCUCGUCUUGUUCUAACGACCUUACCCGCCGGUGGCAGCGACCAGCCAUUGUGAAAAUCUUUGCUGCGACUAGCAUAAAAUAGAUUUUUUAAAAAUCUUUGUCUUCCGUGGAGCUGACAUGGGUAACUUCAUGGCAGCAACUGGCUUGUUUUGACAUCGACGGAAUCAUUUCUCCGACAUGUAGUAAACAUUAUGUAUUAUAUUUUCGGCGAUGGCACCGAUAUCUCACGCGUUACACGUUAUAAAUACAUAUUAUAUAAAUAAUCAUUUAUCACAUCUCUUGGUGACUGUCGCUACAACUAAAACAAACUCAACGACCGCAGGUGAGCGUUUCAAUUACACUUGUUAAGACUGGUAUCACUAGGAAAAAAACCCAACUCAACAGUUUGAGCAAACGAAAGGUGAAUUAAGACACUAACUUGAGUUCACGAUUUCUCAGGGGUUAACCCAAAGCUACUCUAGGUAAUGAGCAGUGACACGAUUUCUUACCUGUCUCCGGAGAGUCCGCCUACAUGUCACGAUAAGGAGACAUCUGCCAUAUUAUUAUGAUGAGUGCUUUCUUACCAAUGCGAGAUCUCCACAGUAGAACAGUUCUGUUCCAUAUCAAGAGGCAUCAGUGCAUCUGGUAAAAGAGCGCGGCCCAGGGGCUUGUUCGCCAACUGGGAUAUUUGGAUGACACCAAUAUUUUCGCAAAGAUAUGAGGCUGCUUUAUAGUAUGCGUUUGUGUACAUAAUGAAUAUCGAUCGAUGUUUGAAAGCUGCGCAAAUCCUGUGCUGCUUUUAGAUCUGAAAGCUCCGAAGCAUCACGUCUGCGAGGAGGAAAGCUGUUAAGAGACAGUUUACAGAAACAUAAAAACAGCAGACACACAAAAAAACCCCACAAAACAAAAAAUAAAUAGUUUUCAGUUAAAUGAAACAUGGCCACGGAGACCUAUAUAGAGCUCAUCAUUCAGUUUAUGACAAACAACAAUCACACUGGAUUCGACUUCAAGGAACCCUUUGUGAAACCUUCUCUUCGGUACGUGUAUCCUCUCUUCAUGUUUCUACAUACAACAGUUGGAAUUGUUGGCAUCGUUGGAAAUACAGGAAUGAUCUUUGUCAUCGGGAAACAUCGCCUCUAUCAGGACAAGACGUUCUUCCUGAUGACCAACUUGGCAUUCGCUGACUUAAUCAAAUGCAUUGUGGUGCUUCCGAUAACCCUGGCCAACUUGCUCAUCCAGAAUUGGCUGUUCGGGAGCUUCCUCUGUUUUUUCCUGCCCAUGAUGCAGUGUUUUCCAGUUCACGCCUCCAUGUUGACUUUCCUGAUGAUUGCCAGUGACAGAUACCGAUUGAUUGUCCACCCAUUCAAGCCCCGUCUCCCUGCUGGUCUGUGCAUCAUCGCGGUGUGGGUGGCCGCGGUCUGUGUGGUGCUGCCUUUUGCUAUCUACAUCAAGUACAUCGAUCUCGGAGCCUCCUUAGGUGAAAAGUUUGACGGUGUGGGGAUCUGCUAUGUCUACGUCGAGCGUCGUAUCGAGGAGUACAUCCGGGCGAUGUUCGUCACAUUGUACGCCAUGCCGUUAGCCGUUAUUGCUCUUCUGUACGUCCGCACCUCGGCAGAGAUCAAGUCCAGAGAAUCAACGAACAUGUCAGCUCGCUAUUCUCAACACAGAGCGGCGUCCAACGACUCAAACGCCAGCAGAUGUCGACGUCACAGCGGCACCGUUGUCCUCUCACCUCCAGAUCAGCGAAACCACAGCCACAACUGUCACAACCAUCACAUGAAGCAGCACCAGCAUCAUCAACAACAGCAACAGCAACAACAACAACAACAACAGCAACAACAACAGCAGCAGCAACAACAACAGCAACAACAGCAAGGAAACACGAACCCGAAUUCACUGAAGGCUGAAGGCAACAGCACACCGUCAUCCACUCUAAAAGGGGAAUCCCCAAAACGUCACAAAUCUCACAGUUUGAGCAGUAUUCACUACCAAGGUCCCGACCCUCACAGAAACAGCCAAUCUCAAAGCACAGACAUAAUUGCGAGCGGCGGCUCACCUUGUCGAAGGUCAUUUAACGAGAGGUCAACACAGGACAGUGAUGACGAACUGGACCUUGUUACAGAAAAACGGACACAAAACUACCUCAUCACCAUGACAACGUUAUUCGCUAUGUGCUGGUGCCCUCUGCACAUUUUGAUCUUGGUCAAUUACUUCGUGCACGAGAACGACAACAACAUGGGACACUAUGACAUUACAUACAUUCUGUUUGCCUGGUUCGGGUUCCUGUCCACGUGCAUCAACCCUGUUUUAUUUGCUUCCUGGAGGAUGUCGGACGCCACCAAAGACAGACUGAGGGGCUACUUUCGCUUCAGUAACAAACGCUGCUCCUCUAUGUCACAGAGACGCCGCUACCAGACACGGAUUGCUACUGCUAGCCAAGGUUCCAACUGCGAGAAAAGGAUGAUUAUGGAGUUCCGGAGCACUGAAAAUUAUGGCUGCGAGGAAGUCUGAAGCUUGCAGAACAACGCCUGUAUACAUAACAGCAUUUUAAGUGUAAAAAGUGAACACGAUUUUUGUUGUAUGUACUGUUGUAUCCCUGUUUUUGGAAAGAGUUUGUUUUUGAGAAGCCCUGAACUUUCUGUACAGCUUAGGACCCCUUUAUGUUUUAUGUUGUGAUCUGCUGCCUAUGAUGUAUGACGAUAAUAAUACGAUUACUGUAAAACUGGCUUCGUGAGAGAUGUUUUGGUUUUCUAGAAUUUAAAGAUUAGAGCUAACCCGAGACGAUAUUGUAAAGAGUAAAAACUCUUCUGGGUUGUUUUUUUCGUUCACUGCGAUCAUCGAAAGUGUUUUUAUUUUAUGAAAUGUCCGGGGAGGAGGAAGAAGGGUUCAGAGCAGAACGAAUGAUGAUUUGUAAAAAAUGUGGCGAAAAUUAGGACUGGCAAGACCGACAUGUAUUUAUCUCAAAUUGACAAGCAGCGUUUUGUUACAUGGUCUCUCUAAUAUUUAAAGCUGCUCCACUUUUCUAGACUGAUAUUCUAGAUUCAUCUUACUGGAGUGUUUUUUUUUCCGAAGACAACAUUCAGGUGUUGUUCAGCUCUUAGUGUGUUACCACUCGUAAAUAUUAGGAUAACAAAAUGGGUGGAUUAAAACAAUUUCUUUUGCUUGUAGAAGCUCUCAAAACAAGUUGCCUCUUUUGUGAACAAGACUCAAAUCAGACUGGCUCUUCUUGUCAACAAUUCCCUUAAUAGCACUAAACAUCAAAGCAAUUUUUAUAGCAAGUUAACUCAUGGUGUUAGAAACCUCUUUUCAAAGGUCGAGCGUAAUUGAUGUCUAAACUAUUUCCAAAAUAUUAUCUAGGAAAUUCUUUUUUGCGAUAUAAUUCACGCUUUUCAGAUGUGAGUUGGGUGCCAGCACUUGCUAGAGAAAACCUGAGACAAUCUAUCUUGUGUUCUGUCAAGAGCAUGGUAUAUUGCCUCAUUUGUUCUGCUCAGAGCUGUGGAGAGCCGGAUCAGCUAAGGUGUUAGGGGACAUGGACUUAUAGGCCCCGAGGGAAAUAUACUGUAAAUAAUUAGCAUGUUCAUGACAAUGUGCGGUUGUGGGCGACGUAGUUCAAUGUUUAUGAAACGUUAGAUUGAUACCAUCAGUUGUGAUGAGCUUUCAUAGGGAUUGGGACUGAGAAGCAGACUUGUUUGAGAAAUCUCUCUUACACACACACACACACACACACACACACACACACACACACACAC